AUGCUGAACAGCAUCACGGACGGGCUCCUGUGCUGCCUGAUGGGCAAGACGACGAACGCCGUGGGGCCGCUGGACAGCGUUGAGUCCAGCAACGGCUACAGCUUCGUGGAGGUGAAGCCGGGGAGGAUCCUGCGGGUCAGGCACAGCACCCCCAACCGCCCGGCCUCGGAGGGGCCCGAGGAGACCCAGCCCGGGGGGCCGGAGCGGGGCACGGUGCACUGCAAGCGCAAGAUCACCGUUUACCGCAACGGGCAGCUGGUGAUCGAGAACCUGGGAGACGCCGUCCGCUCCGAGAUCCUGCACUGCCAGAACAGCUCGGGAGAACCCAACAGCACCGUGGAGCUGGAGCUCUCCGACCUGGCUGGCCAAGCUCCCGCCGGCACGCCAGGAUGCGGCACGCCGGGAUGCGGCACGCGGGAAGCAACCGCUGCCCCCGGCAAACGUCGGAAGCGUAAACCCAAGAAAGUCAUCAACAUCGACUGCAAGAAGCAGAUCACGAGCUGCAAAGGGACGCACAGCGACGUGGUCCUCUUCUUCAUCCACGGCGUGGGCGGCUCGCUGGAUAUCUGGAAGGAGCACUGCAGCUCGGCCCCCCAGAUUGCCGCCGCGUACACCUUCUACGCGCUGGCGGAGGACAUGAGGGCCGUCUUCAAGCGCUACGCGAAGAAGAGGAAUAUCCUGAUAGGACACUCGUAUGGGGUGUCCUUCUGCACCUUCCUUGCCCACGAGUACCCAGACCUGGUCCAUAAGGUGAUCAUGAUCAACGGAGGAGGCCCGACAGCGCUGGAGCCCAGCCUCUGCUCCAUUUUCAACAUGCCCACCUGCGUGCUGCACUGCCUGUCCCCGUGCCUGGCAUGGAGCUUCCUCAAGGCUGGCUUCGCUCGCCAGGGUGCCAAAGAGAAGCAGCUGCUGAAGGAAGGCAACGCCUUCAACGUGUCCUCCUUCGUGCUGCGCGCCAUGAUGAGCGGGCAGUACUGGCCGGAGGGCGACGAGGUUUACCACGCGGAGCUGGCCGUGCCGGUGCUCCUGGUCCACGGCAUGCACGACAAGUUCGUCCCAGUGGAGGAGGACCAGCGAAUGGCCGAGGUAGCGCGGAUCGCCUCCCUGAAGGUAAUCGACGAGGGCAGCCACAUGGUGAUGAUGGAGUGUCCCGAGACGGUGAACACGCUGCUCCACGAGUUCGUCCUGUGGGAGCCCGAGACGCCAGCUGGGGACGGGCACGGGGAGAAGAAAUAA